AUGAAAAUUGACAUCCAUAAUCAUAUUCUACCAAAAGAAUGGCCAGAUCUAAAAAAGAGAUUCGGCUAUGGAGGCUGGGUGCAGCUCCAACACCACAGCAAGGGAGAAGCAAAGAUGCUGAAAGACGGGAAGGUUUUCAGGGUGGUCCAAGAGAACUGCUGGGAUCCAGAAGUCCGUAUUAGAGAAAUGGACCAAACAGGAGUGACCGUGCAAGCCCUUUCCACAGUUCCCGUCAUGUUUAGCUACUGGGCCAAACCUCAAGACACAUUAGACCUGUGCCAGUUUUUAAACAAUGACUUAGCUGCAGCUGAGAAGCUGAACUGUUCCCUAUUCGUGCACCCCUGGGACAUGCAGAUGGAUGGACGGAUGGCCAAAUACUGGCUCCCUUGGCUCGUAGGAAUGCCAGCAGAGACCACCACAGCCAUUUGCUCCAUGAUCAUGGGUGGAGUGUUCGAGAAGUUUCCUAAACUGAAAGUGUGUUUUGCACAUGGAGGUGGAGCCUUCCCCUUUACAGUAGGAAGAAUCUCCCAUGGAUUCAGUGUGCGCCCAGAUCUGUGUGCCCAGGACAAUCCCAUCAACCCAAGGAAGUACCUUGGUUCCUUUUACACAGACUCCCUGGUUCACGAUCCCCUGGCCCUCAAGCUGUUAACAGAUGUCGUGGGAAAGGAUAAAGUCAUUUUGGGAACUGAUUACCCCUUUCCACUAGGUGAGCUGGAACCUGGAAAAUUGAUAGAAUCCAUGGAAGAAUUUGAUGCAGAAACGAAGGACAAACUCAAAGCUGGCAAUGCCCUAGCAUUUUUGGGUCUUGAGAGAAAACAAUUUGAAUGA